ACAGUUGCAUAUAGGCCCAUAGGCAAGUACCUGACGACAAGCAAAGCUAUAGAUUAGCUAUGUGUACCUUACACGCCAUAGCGACCCAUUCACGCAACGUACAAUCCACUACAUGCAACGGCCCAUAACACUGGCCCGGGCGAAUUUUGUGUGGAGAGAGAACGUGUGUCUGUGUGUGGUGUUUAGAUGAAUAUGAACGCCUAUCCGGCAACGAACAGGUCGUACGAUGGGUGAUUUUUAAUUUGUGAGACACGGGAAACGUGAUUUGGACUAUCCUGCAAACGACAAGAAGAUCCCGUUUUAAUGAGUGAGAGCAGACGACAGUUGGUGAAGUGGAUUGUGGGAGCUUCAGUGUUACUUUUUGACGGUGUUUUAGUGCGACGAUAUAUGUAUGCAUAUUUUGUGAUAUGAGGAAUGAAUUAUCCAUCCCUGCCAGUGACGUCAGCUUGGAUUAACUGAUGAAUUGUGCUUUUGCCAGUUCUACGACCAGCUUUGGUUAUAUGAGCUGUGAAUAAUUCUAUGAGCACCUGACGUGUAUUAUGUUUGAUAUGCCUGAGACCUGUGCCAAGAAAACGAUUUACUCGACUCAAGGAUUAACACACAUGAUUUGGGUGAGUACUCUGAUCACAUCUAGCACGGAAUUGUGCUUGUUCUGACAAUGUGAAUUUUCGUGAUUGUAGUACUUUCAAGCUGUAAUUGAUUUCCACCCCGAAUGUCCUCAAAGGAUUAAUAUCUUCUUGAAGUCGGUGAAAAGAAAAUAUAUGAACAAAGCUAUGGAAACUAUAAGAGAGGAACGUAGGUUGGACGGUGAAGCCAACGGUGCCCCUAAAUCAGACUCCAUUCUGUUGAGGCUGAGCAAAGGGUAUCGGCGAAGCAAGGCCGAACAAAUUCUUCGACUUUUGAAGGAUCAAGAGGCACUGAAUUCUAAAUUUAAGGAGUUCGACCUGAAUGAUACCGCGAAGGGCGACGACGGGGACGACAGUGAUAACUGGAGUAUUGCCGGAAGUGACGCAUCCUCGGUGACGGAACUUGAUGUCAAACCGGCGAAAAAGACUUUGAGAAAGCAAAAAAGUGGUCGAUCCAAGACAUCGAUUGGAUUUCAUAGGGAGGAGCAAUGUUCCGACAUUUCUAGUGACUCUGAUUUCGGGGAUAGCAUAAUGCGUUGCGAGGAAAACACCCCGAAAUCUAAAAUCACUCGACAUAAAUCUAUGAAUGUUAGGAGCUAUGUGAGAGGUAAUGUGGAUGAUAAUUCUUGUGAUAUGAAACAGGCCACUGAUUUCGAUGUAGCAUCUGUGAAAUCAUCUCGUCCCAAAUCAAGCAUAGUGUCUUUUUCUGCUCGAAGCAGACGACCCCUUGUGCCCGAAACAAGCAUUCACAUCCCACUGUCUCCGCGGACAGACGACGCCGAAGUGAACAGACAACGGAAGAGGAUUUCAAAUGUCAAGGUCGAUCCUCUUUUCCGAAGAACGGGAGUCCACGGGUUCGGUGAGUCCCUCGAGAGGAGAGACAGUGUUAAAUCGGAACAUACUCACGCCCCUUCUCCCUCGAACCUAACACCACGACUCUCUUCCAGGAAAAUAUCUCCGGUUGAACAGGGCGCCCAGGACAGAUCACCCUCUCUAUCCUAUGACCAAGGCCGUGCUAUUCAAAGCAGGUCUGUUGGACGGUCUACAUCUUUCACAGAGAGGGGUAAAUAUGCAGAUAGGGCUUCACGACCUUCUAGAAACAUCCUGUCUGUUGAUAGCCACCCUUUACAGAACCAGACAGAGUCGUCCCAGGCACUUGGUGGUCUUCGGCGUCCAGCGCCGUUACAAGCAUCUUCCGGAGAGACUUCUCUAGGAGGUAUCCGGAGGCCGAUCUCUGGAUCUAAGAAGACUCGGAAAUAUGGAGAGAUGUCCAAGUCCUCCGGGAGAACACCCUUGAACAUGAUAUCAGACCGAACUCAACCUGUUGCUGUGAUGAAGCUACCCCCACUGGAGGCUUCGCUGAAGAAGACAGUGCCAGACAGAGAUAUCCUAUGCUAUGGCAAAGAGGCCAUGGUAUAAUUACAACACUGUGAUCAUCUAGUACUUUAUUCACUGACACCAAUGUGACUAUAUGUCAUUGGUUAUAGGCAUAGCACUGACAUUUACUUUAACCCCAACAUUGUCUUUAAAUGACAGAUAAUGAAUUCUAAACUGUAAUAUUUCACUCAAACUUACUGCUGAUUGAAAUGCAUAAGUGAGACUGGGAACUUCGUUGACUCAAGCCCUUGUGAGUAUGUAACACUCGACUUAUCAGUAGUGCGAGACAAGCGAAGUGCCGUUAUUGGACCGUAUCGUUGAUAAAGAGUUACAGAGUCUAUAAUGUUACAUCGUCCCAAAUGAUAUUUCUAGUUCAAGGAGUUCGAGGUGUUCAAGGUGUUCGAGGAGUCCAAGGUGUUCGAGGAGUCCAAGGUGUCCAGGGUGUUCGAGGAGUCCAAGGUGUUCGAGGAGUCCAAGGUGUCCAAGGUGUCCAGGGUGUUCGAGGUGUUCAAGGUGUUCGAGGUUUCAUUGCAAUAUGUAAUAAUCUGAACACUUUCAGAGACGCCAUUUUACCAUUAUGAGCCCGAACGAUCAAUACGAUCUAACGUUCUCAAAAUCGGAUUUUCAACGAGACCCCAACAAAUGCAGUGUCUUCAUAUUCUCAGGACCACAUGUUGAUCAGCAGGACCUCGACACUGACUGUUGAUCGGCUUGACCACGACGCCGAAUAAUUUUGUGGUAUUGAGAUUCCCCUGUAAACACGUGUGAUGAAGAACCACAAUCAGUGUUGUGUCCACGUUAAUCCCCUGUACAUCCCAGACAUACCCAGAAGAUACCAAAUACUAUGUCUUACUACUAGUCUAUCCAGAGCAGGACUGGACGAGUUAUGAUGAAAAGGACCAUAUCGGUCCAAUGGAAACGUCAACAUCUAAAAGUACAGAAAACGUAUCGGACAUAUUCAAAAAAAAUUACACUUGAUUGUUCGGACCAAUGGCAGGAUAAAGAGUGAGUGAGUGAGUGAGUAUGGUUUUACGCCGCUUUUAGCAAUAUUCCAGCAAUAUCACGGCGGGGGACACCAGAGGCAGGAUAUAGAAAAGGUAUGGCUAAUAAUGAACUAAAAAGGCCGAUUUGUAACAAGGAGCAAAUAAUUUACUGACAGGAUAUUUUUACCAUAUAAACUUCACUAUUUAUGCCUUUCUCUCGAGAAGUUCAAAGCCUUAUCUUCACAUACAGCGUAUUAAUAAAUAUUUAAUCCAUCCUAGAACGGAUAAAUCAGCCUUUUAAUAGAUUCUUCCAUUACGUCUAUAUUUUAAGUGCAAUUGAGUAAGUGUUAAAAAGAACAGUUUUUGUUCAUUUAUGUGAACACAUCUGGCAAUUUCAUAAAGACUUGUAAACGUGUUGGGCCUUUCUUAAAUAAAGCAGGCCUUAUGGAUUGUAAGGGAUCCUUAUCGGGCCUUGUCCUUGCCGUGGAAACCGUUCUCGGCCGCUACACGAUAUUUUGUUAAAUUUUGCUGUUAUUCUGUGAGUUUUAUGACGAAUAUUACCAAGGACAUGUGUUAUUUGUCACAGAUCUAGUAUGUACAUAUACCACACUCAGUAAAUACAUGUUUAAUCACCUUGAUGUCUUACAAAUAAUAACAAAUAUUUGACUUGCUACACGUAUUGAUGAUUUGUAUUUAUUCAAAUGUCCAUUGACCUCGGCAAAAUGUGACAUAGUGAAUUUAUCUGUGAUAUGCAUGGACUGUGAUAUACUGGUUGUUGAUAAAUGAUCGUAUUUGAUUACGUACGAUUCAAGCGUG